UCAUUUCAUUGACAUGAGGCAGUUUCAGUUCUCGCUGUCAUCAUAACAAGAAGGCAACAUUAAAUCCAAAACAGAAACAAACGCUUUGAAAAGUGUUUACCAGCGGACUUAUCUUCUGGAAUAUAAUGUCAACUAACUUUUGAUUUUGUCCCGGUCUAUAAAUGUGCAACAGCAUACGUCAUUGGUGAGGUCCGGCUGCCUGAUGAGAGAGCACUACUCAACCCCAAGGACCUCUCCCUGGUUGCAGUCAAGCUAGAGGCAGUCGAAGACCGAGAGAGAGGCUUUGUCUCCUCCUCCCUCCUUUCCUUCGUCCGCCUCACUUCACCACCCCAUUUUCUGCUUGAGUUGGUCCCGUUAGUGUUUCAAAACUGUUUCUCCAACGCUUUUUCAAGAAACUCAGACUGUUUUCCAAAGCAGAAGCAGCGCCACAGCCCUCCCACCAGAACGAGGUGAUGGGAAGUGUGCGAGCCAACCGCUACAGCAUAGUGUCAACCGAGGAGCACGGUAUGAAGUUGGCCACCGUGGCAGUGCCCAACGGGUAUGGGAAUGGCAAGGGCAAGGUGCACACGCGGCACCAGCCCCAGAGCCGCUUCGUCAAGAAGGACGGUCACUGCAAUGUGCAGUUCAUCAAUGUGUCCGAGAAAGGACAGCGUUACCUCGCUGACAUCUUCACGACAUGCGUGGACAUCCGCUGGCGGUGGAUGUUUGUCAUCUUCUGCCUUGCCUUCCUCCUGUCGUGGCUGUUCUUCGGCUGCGUCUUUUGGCUGGUCGCCAUCUUCCACGGGGACUUGGAGAACGGCUCUCAGAAGUGCGUCUCCAACGUGAGCAGUUUCACUGCAGCCUUCCUGUUUUCCAUCGAGACCCAGACCACCAUCGGCUACGGCUACCGCUACGUCACCGACGAGUGUCCUGUGGCGGUCUUCAUGGUGGUCUUCCAGAGCAUUGUGGGCUGCAUUAUCGACGCCUUCAUCAUCGGCGCCGUCAUGGCCAAGAUGGCCAAGCCCAAGAAGAGGAACGAGACGCUGGUGUUCAGCCACAACGCUACAGUGGCCAUGAGGGACAACAAGCUGUGUCUGAUGUGGCGCGUGGGCAACCUGAGGAAAAGCCACCUGGUGGAGGCCCACGUGCGUGCCCACCUCCUCAAGUCGCGCACCACUGCAGAAGGGGAGUUCAUCCCUCUGGACCAGAUGGACAUUGAUGUGGGCUUCGACAGCGGAGUCGACCGUAUCUUCCUGGUGUCGCCCAUCACCAUCGUCCACGAGAUCGACGAGGACAGCCCAUUCUAUAACAUGAGCAAGCAAGAGCUGGAGACGUCUGAGUUCGAGAUCGUGGUGAUCCUGGAAGGGAUGGUGGAGGCCACGGCCAUGACCACCCAGUGCCGCAGCUCCUACCUGGCCAGCGAGAUCCUGUGGGGCCACCGCUUCGAGCCGGUGCUCUUCGAGGAGAAGAGCUACUACAAGGUGGACUACUCUCGUUUUCAUAAGACUUACGAGGUUCCCAGUACCCCGCUGUGCAGUGCCAGAGACCUGGCCGAGAAAAAAUACAUCCUGUCCAGCUCCAACUCCUUCUGUUACGAGAACGAGGUGGCGCUGACUAACAAAGAGGAGAUGGACGAGGGGAACGGGGGUAGCGUGGGCCCAGAUGUAACCCAGACAGACAAUAUGUCAGACUCAGAGCAUCACCAGGCCACUGUGCCACUAGAGUCCAGGCCCCUGAGACGAGAAUCUGAAAUAUGACUGUGCAGAGACUGCAGAUCACCUCACAGAGAAGAAGAUUCUGAUUAUAGAAUCCCAUCUAGUUGUUAUAAAUGGCACAUUGAGCUGAGCUGGGCCUAGUGUAAAGGACAUUGAGCUGAGCUGGACAUUGGGUAAAGGACAUUGAGCUGAGCUGGACAUUGGGUAAAGGACAUUGAGCUGACCUGGGCCUUGGGUGAAGGACAGGUUCAUGCCGACGGUACUGCUGUGGGAAGGGGAUAGCUGGGGACUUGUAACUUUUUUUAAACAAUGUAAUUGCAUAUUACAGCAAGCACAGCACUAUGAAAUACGUGCAGAUAGGAAGGAAAACUUUCUUGAAAAAGGUUCCCACAAGAAAAUGAAAUGUAUGUAUCACUUUAGCAUCUAUGUAUAGAAAUGAAUGUGCAUCUGUAUAACAUAUUGGAAUGGGUGUUAGCUACGAUGACUUGAAAAUAGCAGGCAUGUCUCUCUGUUUAUCUGUCCAGCAAAUCAUGAACAAGAUGAGAACAACGGUUGUAUUUCUAUUGUCUGCCUUGUAGUAUAUAAAACAAAUGCUGCUAUAAUCAAAUUCUCUACUUUCUCGUUUCAGAGAAACUCGAAGGGGAAAACUUGCAAAGAUGCCUACCCAUAGAGUAACAGAGAGAUUUAGAAAGUUCUGCUCUGUGAAAACCAAAUAUUAUUUUUAUUUAGCUAAUUUGCACUUUGAAUUGAUCCUGGGCACCCAGCUCCAAAGUACUCUAAAGUUUCGGAAUGUUAAUCCAAACAAUUAAAGAUGCAGUACAGCUUUGCAACGAAACCUUUUGCAGUGAAUGCAAACUGUUUUAGCCUUUGAAUAGACCGUCGUGUUGCAGUCAACUGGUGAUCUUUGGUGAAUUACAUCCAAGGAAAUGUAGCUCAAUGUAGAGAGACAUUCCUACUAUCGGAGAAAACAUACUAUGCAGCCAUUGUAAAGUAGUGCAAUAAAAACUGGAUCCAAUGAUCAAUUAGAGAAAUGUUUCUGAACUAUUAGCCUUCAUCCAUACUGUACGUAUCCAAAGCAGAUAUAUGGUCAUGUUGUAUGUGCUGUUGGUAAUGAGCCGGUCUCUUAACAGACGCACAACAUAACGUACAUGAAAGGGUCGUGCAAUGCUGGUCAAAUCAAUAGAAACUUGCCUGUUUUGUUCGAAGGAAAUUAGCAGGGUGGUAUUAGUAUUCGAAAGUGAAGCAGAACUGAACAAACAACACCGACAAGACAAGGGAGGAGGGAAAAUUAGCAUACGAAUGUUCUUUUAAAAAAAGUGCUGCUACGUUGUUGCAUUUUGUAGGGUUUGAUAACAGAAGACGCCAAUUAUUAUUAUUAUUAUUAUUAUUAUUAUUAUUAUUAUUAUAAUUAUGUGUCUCAUCCAUUUGUUAUAAGUGGUAGAAUUAGAGUAUAUUUGAAGUAUUUUUUUUUUUUUAAAUCAAGACAAAAUAUUUAUUUUCUAACCCGUGUAUACAGUGUAGAUGUUGCUAGAACUUAAUUAAUCAAUAUCACCGUGGUAACCGUCAUGAUAAACACAGUUAUAUGGCCCUUAUGAUGCCCGGGCUUCUGUAAGGUUUUUCCAUCGUUUUCAUAUUCAAAGCUAAACAUACAAGCCAGGUUCUAGGCCCUAGAUGAGACCAGUAGCAUGUUGUUAAGGCGAGAUGUUCAGAACAUAACAGUGUUACAAUACUUCUCUUUUUUAAAAUUUUAAGUAAAACAACAAAACAUCCAUUUUUUUUCAUAGUACUUUACAAUCGUCCACUAUUCUGCCAUCACAAAAAUAGCACAUCUUCACUUAUAGGCUCUUUAAAUAAGGAGGGAAUAAAAGACAGUACAUAUACCCCUCUGUCAUACCCUAUCUUUGCUGUUCAUGCAUUCAUAUUUAUAUCCAGAGUAGGUCUAUGGAUUGCCAUGCCUUGUUAGCAAAUAUCAUUUUAUUUUUCAUUAUAAGUUCUUUGUUGUUUUAACUAAGGAAUCUUGGAUUGGACAACAUGGUUUAAUAAGCCAACAGUACUGUAUCCCAGGCAUGUUAAUAAGGGUUAUUGAAAGCCUGUAGAGUUUGCAUUAUGACAAAUCUUUCUCCUAUUUCUUUAUUUUGAAUCAACGGUUAAAGGCCGUUAGGCUACAAUGACCCGUUUCUUGUACAUAGAACCCCGCCCUCCCUGUUCCAGUCAUUUUCUAUCAGAGUCUUCCAGUUGUACUGCAGAACAACGGAAUGUACAGAGUUUUAUAUUAUUCAUAAUAUUAUUGUUAUUAUUAUUGUACAAGCGAUUUAUUAUAUUGUUCUUUUUUUCAAUAAAACCUCAAUGAUCAA